GCAGCGGCAGGCGGCGGCGCGAGCAGAGCUGGGAGAUGAUGGCGGCGGCGGCGGCUGCGGCGGCGGCACGGAGUGUGUGAGCAGCAGCCCGGGAACCGCCGGCCCGGGCCCAGUGCGACCCCGACCCCGCCCGCCCGCCCGCCAUGGGCAACGAGGCCAGCCUGGAGGGCGGCGCUGGCGACGGGCCGCUGACGCCCGGCGGCUCCGGCCCCGGCCCCGGCGCAGGGAAGCCGCCUUCAGCACCGGCUGGUGGAGGACAGCUCCCGGCGUCAGGCGGGGCGCGGGCAACCGCCGGACCACCGGGUCCAGGCCCCGGGCCCGGUGCCGGCCCGGGCACCGUUUCCAGGAGACUGGACCCCAAGGAGCCCCUGGGUAGCCAGAGAGCAGCUUCCCCAACCCCGAAGCAGCCUUCUGCUCCUGCUCCCAGCCGUGAGAGCCCCCAGGAGACAAGGGCACAGGGCCCAGCUGGCCAGGAGGCUGAUGGCCCCCGCAGGACGCUGCAGGUAGACAGCAGGACGCAGAGAUCAGGGCGGUCCCCCUCUGUGUCACCGGACAGAGGCAGCACCCCCACAUCACCCUACUCCGUCCCCCAGAUCGCCCCCCUUCCCAGCAGCACGCUGUGUCCCAUAUGUAAGACCUCGGAUCUCACGUCAACCCCCAGCCAGCCAAACUUCAACACCUGCACCCAGUGUCACAACAAGGUCUGCAACCAGUGUGGGUUCAACCCCAACCCUCAUCUCACCCAGGUGAAGGAGUGGCUCUGUCUGAACUGCCAGAUGCAGAGGGCUCUAGGGAUGGACAUGACCACUGCGCCUCGCUCCAAGAGCCAGCAGCAGCUGCACUCCCCAGCCCUGUCUCCAGUCCACUCCCCAGCCAAACAGCCCCUGGGGAAGCCGGAGCAAGAGAGAUCAUGGGGCCCAGGGGGACCACAGCCUGGCCCCCACCAGGCUGAGACAGCCAGAGCCACCUCAGUGCCGGGGCCUGCCCAAGCAGCUGCCCCUCUGGAGGUGGGGAGGGUGUCUCCUCAGCCCCCUCUCCCCAUCAAGCGUUCCACAGCUGAGCCCAGGCCACCUGCAGGAGAGGCCCCGGCCAAAAGUGCCACCACAGCGCCCUCUGGGCCUGGUGCUGCUGAGCCGACCCAGGAGGGCCUCACUGGGAAGCUCUUUGGCCUUGGUGCAUCGCUGCUGACCCAGGCGAGCACCCUCAUGUCUGUGCAGCCUGAGGCCGACCCCCAGGGCCAGGCUGCCCCCAGCAAGGGGCCGCCCAAGAUCGUCUUCAGCGAUGCCAGCAAGCAGGCUGGCCCAAGACCUCCAGGCUCAGGGCCCGGGUCUGGGCCAGCACCUGGAGCCAAAACUGAGCCUGGAGCUAAAACAGGUCCUGGAUCAGGGCCUGGAGCCCUGGCAAGAACUGGGGGAACAACCAGUCCAAAGCAUGGCAGAGCAGAACACCAGGCAGUGGCCAAGGCUGCUGCCAAGCCAAAGACCAUGCCUAAGGAAAGGGCCACCUGCCCACUGUGCCAAGCUGAGCUCAACGUGGACAGCAAGGGCCCCGCCAACUAUAACACCUGCACCACAUGCAAACUGCAGGUGUGCAACCUGUGUGGCUUCAACCCGACGCCCCACCUGGUGGAGAAAACCGAGUGGCUCUGUCUGAACUGCCAAACUAAGCGGCUGCUGGAGGGCAGCCUGGGAGAGCCGACCCCACUGACCCUGCCCACCUCACAGCAGCCCCCUGUAGGGGCCCCUCACCGUGCAGCUGGAACAGCUCCUCCGAAGCAGAAAGGGCCACCGGGGCUGGGCCAGCCAUCAGGCCCCCCGCCUGCCAAGGCCAGUCCCCUGCCCACCAAGGCCAGUCCCCUUCCUACCAAGGCUAGUCCCCAAGCCAAGCCCCUCAGGGCUUCUGAACCCAUCAGGACCCCGAGCAGUGCCCAGGAAAAGAAGACAGGAGUCCCAGCUAAAGCUGAGCCGGUGCUGAAGCCACCUCCAGAGACUACCCUGCCCCCUGGGAUUCCUAAAGCAAAGGCUGGGGUGCGGAGGACUGAACCUGCUACCCCCGUCGUCAAGGCAGGGGUUCCAGAAGCCCCCAAGGGUGGGGAGGCGGAGGAGCCGGUGGGCAAGCCUUACUCUCAGGACCUGUCUCGGAGCCCGCAGAGCCUCAGCGACACAGGCUAUUCCUCCGAUGGUGUCUCCAGCUCCCAGAGUGAGAUCACAGGCAUUGUGCAGCAGGAGGUGGAACAGCUGGACAGUGCAGGGGCGACAGGGCCAUGCCCGCCCAGCCCCUCUGAGCUCCACAAGGUGGGGAGCAGCAUGAGGCCUUCGCUGGAGGCCCAGGGCCCGGCCCCCAGUGGUGAGCGGAGAAAGCCCCGCUACGGCAGUGGUGAGGAGCAGAAGCGGCGGCCCCACUCCUUGUCCAUCAUGCCCGAGGCCUUCAACUCGGAUGAGGAGCUGGAGGAUAUCCUGGAGGAAGAAGACUCUCUGGAGUGGGGGCGCCGGAGGGAGCAGCAGGACACAGCUGAGUCCUCAGAUGACUUCGGCAGCCAGCUGAGGCAUGACUAUGUGGAGGACAGCAGUGAGGGUGGCCUGUCCCCUCUUCCGCCCCAGCCCCCAUCCCGGGCAGCAGAACUGACUGAUGAGGAGUUCAUGAGGCGGCAGAUCCUGGAGAUGAGUGCCGAAGAAGACAACCUGGAGGAGGAUGACGCUGCCCACCCCAGGCACGGCCCCGUCAAACAUGGCUCGCAGAAGGGCAGCCCCCGGCCCAGGCCCGAGCCCAGCCAAGAGCAGGGAGCGCUGCCCAAGAGGCGCCUGCCCCACAACGCCACCACGGGCUAUGAGGAGCUGCUUUCCGAGGGAGGCCCAGCAGAGGCUGCAGACAGCAGUGGGGCUCUGCAGGGCGGGCUCCGCCGCUUCAAGACCAUCGAGCUCAAUAGCACGGGCAGCUACGGCCAUGAGCUGGACCUGGGACAAGGCCCUGACCCCAGCCUGGACCGGGAGCCCGAGCUGGAGAUGGAGAGCCUGACGGGCUCGCCUGAGGACCGCUCCCGCGGGGAGCACUCCUCCACACUGCCGGCCUCCACACCCAGCUACACCUCGGGCACCUCGCCCACCUCCCUGUCCUCGCUGGAGGAGGACAGUGACAGCAGCCCCAGCCGCCGGCAGCGGCUGGAAGAAGCCAAGCAGCAGCGCAAGGCCCGGCACCGCUCGCAUGGGCCCCUGCUGCCCACCAUCGAGGACUCCUCAGAGGAGGAGGAGCUGCGGGAAGAGGAGGAGCUGCUGCGCGAGCAGGAGAAGAUGCGGGAGGUGGAGCAGCAGCGCAUCCGCAGCACGGCCCGCAAGACCCGGCGUGACAAGGAGGAGCUGCGGGCCCAGCGGCGGCGUGAGCGCUCCAAGACCCCCCCCAGCAACCUGUCGCCCAUUGAGGAUGCCUCCCCCACAGAGGAGCUGAGGCAGGCGGCCGAGAUGGAGGAGCUACAUCGCUCCUCCUGCUCCGAGUACUCGCCCUCGCCCUCCCUUGACUCGGAGGCUGAAGCCCUGGAUGGGGGCCCCCCUCGGCUCUACAAGUCAGGCAGUGAGUACAACCUGCCCACCUUCAUGUCCCUCUACUCUCCAACCGAGACACCCUUGGGCAGCACCACCACUCCCAGUUCCGGCCGGCCCCUCAAGAGCGCUGAGGAGGCCUAUGAGGAGAUGAUGCGGAAGGCCGAGCUGCUCCAGCGGCAACAAGGCCAGGCAGCAGGGGGCCGUGGGCCCCAUGGUGGCCCCUCUCAGCCCGUAGGCCCCCGGGGCCAGGGUUCCUUCGAAUACCAGGACACCCCAGACCAUGACUAUGGUGGGGCUGCUCAGCCGGCCUCGGAGGGCACGCCAGCCAGCCUGGGAGCAGCCGUGUACCAGGAGAUCCUUCAGACGUCACAAAGCAUUGCCCGCAUGCAUCAGGCCUCCUCACGGGACCUGGCCUUUGCUGAGGACAAGAAGAAGGAGAAGCAGUUUCUAAAUGCCGAGAGUGCGUACAUGGACCCAAUGAAACAAAAUGGCGGCCCACUUACCCCUGGUACCAGUCCCACCCAGCUCGCCGCCCCUGUGUCCUUCUCCACCUCCACCUCCUCUGACAGCAGUGGGGGCCGAGUCAUUCCCGAUGUCCGUGUUACUCAGCAUUUUGCAAAGGAGCCUCAGGACCCCCUCAAGCUACACAGCUCUCCUGCCUCCCCCAGCUCUGCCUCCAAGGAAGUAGGCAUAACCUUUGCCCAGGGCCCUGGGACCCCAGCCUCCACAGCUGCGGCUCCUUGUCCAGCUGGCCUGCCACGAGGGUACAUGACUCCGACUUCCCCGGCAGGCUCUGAGCGCAGCCCUUUGCUCUCUUCCACUGGCCACAGCUAUGGACAGAGCCCAACCACUGCAAACUAUGGGUCUCAAACUGAGGAGCUACCCCAGGCCCCCCGUGGCCCUGCUGUCAGUGGACGGGCUGCCAGAGAGAAGCCCCUGAGUGUGAGUGAUGGCGAGAGUGGCACCCCGCAGACCUCCCGAGGAUAUUCCUACUUUGCAGGCUCCAGCCCCCCUCUCUCUCCAUCUUCUCCCUCAGAGAGUCCCACAUUCUCCCCUGGCAAGCUGGGCCCAAGGGCCACAGCAGAGUUCUCUACACAGACGCCAAGCCCGACCCCUGCCUUGGACAUGCCACGGAGCCCUGGUGCCCCCAGCCCGGCACCCACGGUGGCUCAGGGCACACAGACGCCACACCGACCCAGCACGCCUCACCUGGUACGGCAGCAGUCCCCUCAGGAUGCCCCCUUUAUGGUCAUCACACUGGGGUCAGAUGCCUCCAGCCAGACCAAGAUGGUCCAUGCCAGUGCCUCCACCUCCCCAGUGUGCUCACCCAUUGAAACCCAGCCCACCAACCACAGCUACAGCCAGACAACACCUCAGCUGCCCCCAGAGCCACCUGGGCCACCUGGCUUCCCGCGGGCAGCCAGUGCUGGUGCAGAUGGGCCCCUGGCACUAUAUAGCUGGGGCGCCCUCCCUGCUGAGAAUAUCUCCCUGUGCCGGAUCUCCUCUGUCCCUGGAACGUCUAGGGUCGAGCCCGGCCCCAGGCCCCCUGGCAGUGCCGUGGUAGACCUUCGCACAGCCAUCAAGCCCACGCCCAUCAUCCUCACUGACCAGGGCAUGGACCUGACCUCUCUUGCUGUGGAAGCGAGGAAGUACGGCCUUGCUCUGGAUCCAAUCCCAGGACGGCAGUCGACCGCUGUACAGCCUUUGGUUAUCAACCUCAACGCCCAGGAGCAGACCCAUGCCUUUCUCAGCACCGCCACCACCGUGAGCAUCACCAUGGCCUCAUCUGUGCUCAUGGCUCAGCAGAAGCAGCCUGUGGUCUAUGGAGACCCCUUCCAGAGCCGACUGGACUUUGGCCAGGGUGCGGGUAGCCCCGUGUGCCUGGCCCAGGUCAAGCAGGUAGAGCAGGCAGUCCAGACAGCCCCUUACCGUGGUGGGCCCCGAGGAAGACCCAGGGAGGCCAAGUUUGCCAGGUAUAACCUGCCCAACCAGGUGGCACCUCUGGCCAGAAGGGAUGUUUUGAUCACUCAGGUGGGCACUGCCCAGAGUGUUGGCCUCAAGUCAGGCCCAGUGCCAGAGCCUGGUUCCGAACCCCAUCGGGCCACCCCCGCAGAGCUGCGGUCACACGCCUUGCCAGGUGCCAGGAAGCCACAUACAGUGGUGGUGCAGAUGGGAGAAGGCACAGCAGGCACUGUGACCACACUGCUCCCAGAGGAGCCGGCAGGUGCCCUGGACCUCACUGGGAUGAGGCCCGAGAGCCAGCUGGCGUGCUGUGAUAUGGUCUACAAGUUCCCCUUUGGCAGUAGCUGUACAGGUACCUUUCACCCCACCCCCAGCGCACCUGAGAAGAGUGUGGCAGAUGUUGCCCCACCCGGCCAAAGCAGCGGCCCCUUCUACAGUCCCCGGGACCCUGAGCCCCCCGAGGCCCCCACCUACCGGGCACAGGUGGUCGGGGGGCCUGGGCCCCAUGAGGAGCAGAGGCCCUACCCACAGGGCCUCCCUGGCAGGCUGUACUCCUCUAUGUCCGACACCAAUUUGGCUGAGGCUGGCCUCAACUACCACACCCACAGGAUUGGUCACCUCUUCCAGGGCCCUGGACGAGACUCGGCCAUGGACCUCAGCUCACUGAAGCACUCCUACAGCCUGGGCUUUGCAGAUGGACGCUACCUUGGGCAGGGCUUGCAGUAUGGUUCAUUCACGGACCUACGUCAUCCCACAGACCUUUUGACUCACCCGCUUCCCAUGCGGCGCUACAGCUCAGUGUCAAACAUCUACUCAGACCACAGGUAUGGCCCACGGGGAGAUGCAGCUGGAUUCCAGGAGGCCAGCCUGGCCCAGUACAGCGCCACCACGGCCCGUGAGAUCAGCCGUAUGUGUGCUGCCCUCAACUCCAUGGACCAGUACGGAGGGCGGCGUGGCAGCGGUGGUGGUGGCCCCGACCUCAUGCAGUAUCAGCCCCAACCAGGGCUCAGUGCCCCGCAAGGUCUGGCUCCCCUCAGACCUGGCCUCCUUGGGAACCCCACCUUCCCGGAGGGCCACCCGAGUCCUGGGAACCUGGCCCAGUACAGGCCUACAGCAGGCCAGGGAACAGCAAUCAGACAGCUGCUGCCAUCCACAGCCACUGUGCGUGCAGCCGACGGCAUGAUCUACUCGACUAUCAACACUCCAAUUGCUGCAACACUGCCCAUCACCACCCAGCCUGCCUCAGUACUGCGGCCCAUGGUGCGUGGUGGCAUGUACAGGCCUUAUGCAUCCGGAGGAGUCACAGCCGUGCCACUCGCCAGCCUGACACGCAUGCCCAUGAUUGCCCCCCGGAUACCUCUUGGGCCCACAGGGCUAUACCGAUAUCCUGUACCAAGUAGAUUCCCCACUGCUUCCAGCGUUCCACCUGCUGAGGGUCCUGUCUACCUGGGGAAGCCUGCUGCUGCCAAGGCCCCAGGGGCUGGGGGCCCACCAAGGCCAGAGCUGCCAGCAGGGGCUGCUCGGGAAGAGCCUCUUUCCACAGCCACCCCUGCUGCUGUCAAGGAGGCUGUAGCAGCCCCAGCCCCAGCCCCAGCCCCAGCGGCUGGCCAGAAGCCGCCGGUAGAUGCUGCUCCUGGGGGCGGCAGUGGGGCCCUCAGCCGGCCAGGGCUCGAGAAGGAGGAAGCAUCACAGGAGGAGAGGCAGCGGAAGCAGCAGGAGCAGCUGCUACAGCUGGAGCGAGAGCGGGUGGAGUUAGAAAAGCUGCGGCAGCUGCGGCUGCAGGAGGAGCUGGAGCGGGAGCGUGUGGAACUGCAGAGGCACCGCGAGGAAGAGCAGCUGCUGGUGCAGCGGGAGUUGCAGGAGCUGCAGACCAUCAAGCACCAUGUGCUGCAGCAGCAGCAGGAGGAACGGCAGGCUCAGUUCGCACUGCAGCGGGAGCAGCUAGCACAGCAGCGUCUGCAGCUGGAGCAGAUCCAGCAGCUGCAGCAGCAGCUGCAGCAGCAACUGGAGGAACAGAAGCAGCGGCAGAAGGCUCCCUUCCCUGUGGCCUGUGAGGCACCCGGUCGAGGGCCUCCCCCAGCUGCCACAGAGCUGGCUCAGAAUGGCCAGUACUGGCCACCCCUGACCCACGCAGCCUUCAUUGCCGUGCCUGGGCCUGAGGGGCCUGGGCAGCCUCGUGAGCCCGUGCUGCACCGGGGUCUCCCCAGCUCCGCCUCGGACAUGUCACUGCAGACUGAGGAGCAGUGGGAGGCAGGCCGUAGUGGUAUCAAGAAGCGGCACUCCAUGCCACGCCUGCGGGAUGUGUGCGAGCCAGAGUCAGGGCCUGAGCCCUGUGUGGUCAGGAGGAUUGCAGACAGCAGCGUGCAGACGGAUGAUGAGGAUGGAGAGGGCCGCUAUCUCCUGACCCGGCGGCGCCGGCCACGGCGGAGUGCUGACUGCAGCGUGCAGACGGACGACGAGGACAGUGCCGAGUGGGAGCAGCCAGUGCGCCGCCGCAGGUCCCGUCUUUCUCGCCACUCAGACUCUGGCUCCGACAGCAAGCACGAUGCUACUGCCUCAUCAUCCACUGCCGCCCCCGCCGUGAGGGCCAUGAGCAGCGUGGGCAUCCAGACCAUCAGCGACUGCUCUGUGCAGACAGAGCCUGACCAGCUGCCCAGAGUCUCUCCAGCCAUCCACAUCACAGCUGCCACCGACCCCAAGGUGGAGAUCGUCAGGUACAUAUCGGCGCCAGAGAAGACUGGGCGUGGGGAGAGCCUGGCCUGCCAGACGGAGCCGGAUGGGCAGGCCCAGGGUGUGGCCGGGCCGCAGCUUGUAGGGCCAACUGCCAUCAGCCCCUACCUGCCUGGCAUCCAGAUCGUCACCCCAGGGCCCCUGGGCAGAUUCGAAAAAAAGAAGCCGGAUCCCUUGGAGAUUGGAUACCAGGCCCACCUGCCCCCGGAGUCUCUCUCACAGCUUGUGAGCCGCCAGCCUCCCAAGUCCCCCCAGGUCCUCUACUCACCAGUCUCACCCCUCUCCCCACACCGGCUCCUGGACACCUCCUUUGCUUCCAGUGAGAGGCUGAACAAGGCUCACGUGAGUCCCCAGAAGCACUUCACGGCUGACAGCGCUCUCCGCCAGCAGACACUGCCGCGCCCCAUGAAGACCCUGCAGCGGUCCCUGUCUGACCCUAAGCCCCUCAGCCCCACCGCCGAGGAGUCUGCCAAAGAGAGGUUCUCCCUCUACCAGCACCAGGGGGGACUGGGUAGCCAGGUGUCGGCGCUGCCACCCAACGGCCUGGUCCGCAAGGUGAAGCGGACACUGCCUAGCCCCCCUCCAGAGGAGGCUCACCUGCCCCUGGCUGGCCAGGCUCCCCCACAACUGUAUGCGGCCAGCCUGCUGCAGCGUGGGCUGGUGGGGCCCGCCGCUGUCCCUGCCACCAAGGCCAGCCUGCUCCGGGAGCUGGACCGGGACCUGCGGCUGGUGGAGCACGAGUCCACCAAGCUGCGCAAGAAGCAGGCAGAGCUGGAUGAGGAGGAGAAGGAGAUCGACGCCAAGCUCAAGUACCUGGAGCUGGGCAUCACCCAGCGCAAAGAGUCUUUGGCCAGAGACCGGGGUGGCCGUGACUACCCGCCCUUGCGUGGUCUCAGUGAGCAUCGCGACUACCUGUCAGACAGUGAGCUCAACCAGCUGCGGCUCCAGGGCUGUGCCACUCCGGCUGGCCAGUAUGCAGACUUCCCUGUCACUGCCGCUGCUCCUGCCACUCCCUCCGGCCCCACUGCUUUCCAGCAAUCCCGGUUCCCACCUCCGGCGCCACAGUAUGCUGCAGGCAGCGGUGGGCCAACACAGAAUGGAUUCCCAGCCCACCAGGCACCCACCUACCCUGGCCCCAGCACGUACCCAGCACCUGCCUUUCCUCCCGGCACCAGUUACCCUGCUGAGCCUGGCCUGCCAAGCCAGCAGGCUUUCCGUCCCACAGGCCAUUAUACAGCCCAAACACCCAUGCCAACCACACAGAGCACCCUUUACCCAGUCCCGACUGACAGCCGUACCCCCCACCAGAAGCCACGCCAGACAUCACUAGCCGACUUGGAGCAGAAGGUGCCCACCAACUAUGAGGUGAUCGCCAGCCCUGUCGUGACCAUGUCUGCAGCCUCGUCUGAAACCAGCUAUAGUGGCCCAGCAGUAAGCAGCAGCUAUGAACAAGGAAAGGCCCCUGAGCUGCCGCGGGCCAGUGACCGUAGUGGUGUGAGCCUGAGCCCAGCCCCCACCUACCCCUCUGACUCACACUACACCAGCCUGGAGCAGAAUGUCCCUCGGAACUAUGUGAUGAUUGACGACAUCAGUGAGCUGACCAAGGACAGUGCUUCCACUGCCCCUGACAGCCAGAAGCUGGAGCCCCUGGGGCCGAGCAGCAGUGGGCGUCCAGGGAAAGAGCCAGGAGAACCAGGUGUCCUUGAGGGGCCCACACUGCCCUGCUGCUAUACCAGAGGGGAGGAAGAAUCCGAGGAGGACUCCUACGACCCCCGUGGGAAGAGCGGCCAUCACAGGAGCGUGGAGAGCAAUGGCCGACUAGCUAGCACCCACUAUUACAGUGACAGUGACUACAGACACGGGGCUCGAGCAGAGAAGUAUAUCCCAGGCCCCGUGGGGCCCAAGCAUCCCUCCAAGAGCCUGGCCCCGGCUGCCGUCUCCUCAAAGCGCAGCAAGCACCGGAAGCAGGGCAUGGAGCAAAAGAUCUCCAAGUUCUCACCUAUCGAAGAGGCCAAGGAUGUAGAGUCAGACCUGGCCUCCUACCCGUCCUCUGCAGUCAGCAGCAGCCUGGCCUCUCGGGGCAGGAAGUUCCAGGACGAAAUCACCUAUGGGCUCAAGAAGAAUGUGUAUGAGCAGCAGAGGUACUAUGGGGUGUCCAGCCGGGACCCAGUGGAAGAGGAUGACCGCGUGUACAGUGGGAGCAGCCGGUCCCGGGUGGCAUCUGCAUACAGCGGGGAGAAGCUCUCCAGCCAUGACGUCAGUGGCCGGGCCAAGGGAUACGAGCGGGAACGGGAGGCUGUGGAGCGACUUCAAAAAGCGGGCCCCAAGCCCUCAUCUCUGAGCAUGGCCCAUGGCCGGCCCCGGCCCCCCAUGCGGAGCCAGGCCUCUGAAGAGGAGAGCCCCGUCAGCCCUUUGGGGCGGCCUCACCCUGCUGGGGGCACCCUCCCCCCGGGGGACACCUGCCCACAGUUCUGCUCCAGCCACUCCAUGCCUGACGUCCAGGAGCAUGUCAAGGAUGGACCGCGAGCCCACGCGCAUAAGUGUGAGGAGGGCUACAUCCUGGAUGAUUCCCACUGCGUAGUUUCCGACAGCGAAGCGUAUCACCUGGGCCAGGAGGAGACAGACUGGUUUGAUAAGCCCCGGGAUGCCCGCUCUGACCGGUUCAGGCACCACGGGGGCCACGCAGUCUCCUCCUCCUCCCAGAAGCGAGGCCCUGCCAGGCACGGCUACCACGACUACGAUGAGCCCCCCGAGGAGGGCCUGUGGCCACACGAUGAGGGUGGCCCAGGCCGCCAUGCCUCAGCCAAGGAACACCGACACCAUGGUGACCACGGGCGGCACUCAGGCCGCCACACUGGCGAGGAGCCGGGACGGCGUGCUGCCAAACCACACGUUCGAGACCUGAGUCGCCAUGAGGCCCGGCCUCACCCUCAGCCCAGCCCUGCCCCGACCGUGCAGAAGAAGGGUCAGCCUGGGUACCCCAGCUCCGGUGAAUAUUCACAGCCAUCCCGUGUUCCAUCAGCGUACCAUCAUGCCUCUGAGAGCAAGAAGGGCUCCCGGCAGGCCCACUCAGGGCCCGCUGCACUGCAGCCAAAGCCAGAACCCCAGCUGCAGUCGCAAGGUCGGCAGGCAGCUCCAGGUCCACAGCAGUCACAGCCUCCUCCAUCCAGGCAGACGCCCUCAGCAACAGCAUCACGCCAGCCGCAGACACAGCAGCAGCAGCAGCAGCAGCAGCAGCAGCAGGGUCUCGGGCUACAGCCUCUGCAGCAGGCCCCUUCGCAGGCCCGCCUGCAGGAGCAGGGCCAGCCAGCUGCUCGGGGUCCGGCCCCCGCUGCCAGCCAGCCAGCAGGGAAGCCUCAGCCAGGGCCCUCGACAGCCACAGGCCCGCAGCCAUCAGGGCCACCGCGGGCAGAGCAGGCGAACGGCUCUAAAGGGACUGCCAAAGCACCCCAGCAGGGGAGACUUCCUCAGGCCCAGCCACCACCAGGACCUGGACCUGCAGGCAUGAAGGCUGGAGCCAAGCCUGGAGGGACCCCAGGGGCUCCUGCCGGCCAGCCAGGUGCCGACGGGGAGAGUGUGCUCUCCAAGAUCCUCCCUGGUGGGGCAGCAGAGCAGGCCGGCAAGCUGACGGAAGCUGUGUCUGCUUUUGGCAAAAAAUUCUCCUCCUUCUGGUGACCAUGCCCUGCAGGGCUCUUGAAGAAAUGAAGGGAGAUGAUAUCAUUGCUGUGGAAAAAUCUCUGGAGUCAGAGGCCUGGGCGCAGCUCUGGACUCUGCGUAUAACACAUCUACAAUCUGGCAAACCUUGGCCCAAAGACUCACACCAGGUGGGACGUGGCAGGCGGGCCUCAGUUGAGGACGGGAUGUUUUCUAACAGCAGCUGCCGGGGUGAAACAUCUGUUGGUCAAGUGGGACCAUUGGCCCAGGGGGACCUGUGAUUGUCUUUCCAGAGACCCUGCUCUCCUCAGGGCACCACCUUCAAGGCGUAGCCGUCGUUGGGAGGGAGGAACCCUCUCUUCAGGCCCUGUCACGCGGCAGUCUUGCUGCUCUUCCCACAGCCGCCUUCCGCGGCCUGGCCAGCCAGGCUACCAAUGCGUUAUACACAGAGUUUGGGCGCGCGCAGCCUGUUUUUGACGGACGCUGCCCUCCCUCCACAAUGCCAGAAGUUUUUCCACAGCCUUGGAGAGGGGCUUUGACUGAGGGCUGGGGGCCCUGGGCUCCGUUUCCUUCACAUUCCAGCUGGCCCAGAUCCCUCUGUGGCCACAGGGCCCUGCCCCCUUCACCCUGCCCCCUGGGUGACACCGGAGCAGACUUCCAUGUGGCUAGCGUGGGAUUGGGAGAACUUUACAAACAUUAGGACCUAACACUGUCUCAUCGCUGAAAUAAGAGGCCAUAGCACCGAAAAGCAGCGUGGGCGCUGGCUGAGGCUUCUCCCAGCCCGUGGGUGGCCGCGUGCUAGCACGCCCGCCACCAUCUUCAAAGCCAUCACCCCCAGUCAUCGUGAGCAUCCCAGCGGCACCACCAUUGUCUCGACCAGCCGGCUCCUCGUUCGUACACCUGGGGAUUUCUUUUGAUUUCAAGAACAGCCUUAAUUAUUUCAGUUUGAUUUAAGUGUAUACCUCAUAAACAUUGUUCUUUUAUUUCUCCCCCCACCCUUUCUCUCUUCGCUCUCUCGGCUCACCUCCUUGCCUCUCCCCUCCACCACCACCUUGUGACUGAUGGUUUGGUUCCCUCUCUGCUCUGCCCCUGCUCAGCAUGGGGAGAAUAUUGACUUAGAAGCAAUAGUGGGCAGCAGGCCACCAAGAGCACAACCCCAGGGCGGGGUCUAGGGAGGCCCCUCAGCCCGCCUCUGUUUACCGUGCAACUCCAGUCCUUCUUAAGCCAUCACCAGUGGACAUGCUCAGAGCAGAGGGGCCAGGGCUUCUGCCAGCCAAGGGAAGGGCCCAGGGCCCUGUGCUGGGGAGUGUGGCACCGUCCAUCCACCUGGUGGACUGGGCAGUGUUCCUCCCUGAGGCCCUUCCCUUAGGGGCCUCCCUUCACCUUGGGCACAGCCACAAGUCUCAUCUCUAACGUUCUAUGCAAUGAAAUAUAAACCCUCAAAGACAACUGUUAAUAUUUAUUAAAUUCUGUGUUAUGUAUAAGGAGUUAAUUGCAAACCUGCAAUUGAGAAACUGGAUAGAUAUGCUCAUAUCAAACCCCUCGCUCCCUUCCCCCUCCCCUGCUCCCACUGUGUAUGUGAAAUUCUCAGUCUGUGGCAUGUUCGACCUGUGGCAGGACUCGCUGCUGCCAGGCGAGUCACCGCCUGUCCCGCAGUGGAGCAUGCACAGCUCGCAGCUUCUUUGCACGAUUUCAUCCAUUUUCAAUGCUCGACCCUCUUGCUUGGAGUUCUUUUUGUCUCAGAACCUCUCCUUCAGGAGUGCUUCUAGCUAACUUCUGCACGAGCUAGUGAGGACCCGCCGGAAUUGCUGCCUGAGCAUGCCAGGCUGUGGGCCCGGCAGUACAAGGCCCCACACCCUCUGCAGGUUUCUCUGACCAAGAUGUCUCUGAGGAGACAUGUGGUGGGAGCCCGCACAGGAUGUGUGCGUGUGAACAUUCGGAAGGUUUGCUGUAGGAUUUCCAUCUGUAAGUCACUCCCCCACUUAUCCCAGCCCUGAGCCAGAGACAUCUGGUCGCCCCUUCCCAGCAGGGCACUGCUGAAGAGCAGAGCUGGGCUGCGUCUGUAGCCAGAGGGACAGAGGCCAAGGGUAGGGCCCAGCUCCUGACUGCACUUCUCCUUUGUGGCUGGGAGGCUCAAAGGUCUGUGAGCCAGGAGAUCUGGCCAGGGGGCCAGAGAAUGCUCAGGAAGAGCUGGAGUUUUGGCAUUUGUGGUGAGGACAGCUGACAGUGUCAUCUUUGAUCAGAGUGCAUAUUCACAUAGACAGUGGCUUCAAGCUGAGUUUCUUGGGAAGCUUCUCAAUAACAAAACUUACAGAAGGUUCUGUUGUGACACUCUCUGCAUCUGUCUCCAGGACCUAAACUCCCUGCCAGCCCCUAUCUCUGAAGCCUAAGUAUCCCACUGCUCAUCAGCUUCUCUAAGACUGAGCCAAGAGUGUGGCAGGUGGUAGCUGCCCGACCCCUCCAGGCCUGGCCUUCCUCCAGAGCGCUCUGGUUUGCACCAUGCAUUUCUCAGGGGUCCACAUUUCUCAUUCUUUCCCAUAAGGUCUACAAACCCCUUCAGAGAGGGAUCCUGGCCCACCUCUGGCAGCUGUGGAUGAGAUAGGAGGCUGUCAACCCUUGUGUUGGGCCUAAGACCCCGCCCUUCUGGAUUUGGGCUUCACCCAUCCAACGGGACACCUGCCUCAUCCCAGAGCUCAGGCCUGGGCUGUAUGAGGCCAUCUGUGCAAGGGCUGAAGGAGGCCACCAUCUGGCACCUCUGACCACCCAGGGCCAGGUCUUUGUGGGGAUGUGCCUAGUGGCUGGAUACAUGAGGGACUAAUGCAGCGAUCCUCCCGAUAAAAGGCCAAGGGAUGGGACCAGGAGCAGGGAACAGGCAGGGAGAUGACAGCAGGUCAGCCUCCAUCAAAGCUAGUUUCACGCUCUCCAAUGUUGACGCUUCAGCAAAUCUCCUUUCUGGCCAAGCUUUCUGAGUUUGAAAUUUCUGACAUCUGCCACUCCCUAACCCCCAGUGUAUCCACAGGACACAUCUGUGCCUAUCACCCCUUGUGAAGGUGGCUGGAGCAGGCCUCUGGGCCACAGGUGUCCUGGCCCUUGUGUGGAUACAGCUGCGGCUCUGGGGGCCAGAGGCUGAGGGACCAGCAUUCGAUGCCUUGGGCAGUGGGGAGCACCAAGCACAUUUCCACAUGGGCAAGGGGUUCUCUGGGAUGCAAUCCAGGCCUUCUCUACACCCUCUCCCGACCCAGUGUCAUGAACAAGGGCACUGCCGCCUCUGUCUACUUCAGGGCCUAAUGCAUUCACAGUGACACCCCGCUUCCCCACCAUCCACUUAGUCCUUGGGAAGAGAGGGUGGUCUCAGGGCCCAUGAUGACUGGGCAGCAGUGGCAGCAACCAUGGCCUGUCUUCUGGAGCCUGUGGGGAGUUUUCCAGGCAGAUUCUUUACCAUGACAACAAGGUCCUGGCCUGUUGGCCCCUCCCUUGCCCUCGUGCCCCCUCCCCCCAUUCUGUAAAUACUUGUCAUUGUGGACUCCGACAGGGUCAGAGGGACAGGCCUGACCAACUGAAACUCCUCAGAGAUAUCACUUCUGUCUCCCUGGGUACCAGCAGCCCUGCUGCCAUGUGCACUGGGGUGGCACUGGAGAGCCAUGGAAGUCAUGAGAUAUUGUGUGUGUGUGCAUGUGAACAAGUGUGUGAGUGUGUAUGUGUGUGUGUGUCUGCCUCAUUUGGCCUCUGGGAUCAAAUCAGCUCCUUCUCUCUAAGUGCAGUGCCCUGGAGAGUGGUGGCCGCCCAAUGCCUUUCCUCUGCUAGCUUCCAUGUCUUGUUUUUGCUUCCCCCUCACUCCUUCCCUGCCUCCCUUCUUUCCUCUCUCCCUUUCUUUCCUUCUCUCCUUCUUUAUUUGAGGGGGGAAGAGUGCUGUACAAAGUCAAACAAACAAGUUUACAGUUGUAAGUGCAAUGAAUGACCCGAGUCCUCCACAUGACCUUGUGAAUCGUGUGCCGUCCUCCUGUGCUCUGUGAGAACUCGUGGUACUUCAGUGUCCCUCCCCCUGUAUUGUAACAAGGUAAUUCUGUGGUAUCAGAAUAAAAGGACUUGAUAUAAACAACCUACA